AUGGAAUGCAUAUUACUCAGGAUACAUCACUGCGUCACUUGUAAUCCUCUUUUAGGAUGCUCCAACUACACAACCCUCAACGAGUCCAGCAGAGCAAUGACACAUAACAGAAGUAUUUCUUACCUGUGCGAUGCAAAUCUUAAUGGAUGGUACAGAUUUAACGGAGAGGCUGGAACGCAAAUGGCUGACUCUUGUGUCAACAUGUAUCAUUGCGGCACCGAGUCACCUGGAUGGCUGAACGGAACUCAUCCCGACUUAACUGAUGGGGCCGUUAAACGCCAAGUGUGUUUUAGCUCUUUUGACAACUGUUGCCAUCAUUCAACUAAAAUAACUGUGCAACAUUGUGGAGGAUUUUACGUUUACAAACUUGAAGGACAAUCCCAUUGCAAUCUGCGUUACUGUGGAAACGGAUCGCCAUACGCACAAGGUAUUAACAAAAAUAAAACAACAACAAUCGUUUUAUUUCAUUGUUUGGCAGACGUUUUUGAAAACUUCAAUUUCAAAAUUCAUGCCUCGUUUUUCCAAAGACAUUGCAUUUUCUAGCAAAAUAAGAGUUAAACACUAAGAAGUUUUUAAGAAAAUAAUAUAGAAGCAACUAAGGCUCAUAUAGUAGUAACUGAAGCUGAACAAGUAGACAAGAAUUUGACAGAUUGUACUACACGGAGUUUUCCUUUCUUUCAUAGAAUGUUACAAUUACAAAGUUCUUAACGAGACCAGCAGAUCGAAAACAUACAAUGCAUCUUAUUUUCAAUGUGAUCGUUUGCUGUCGACCGACUGGUACAGAUUUAGUGGAGCAGCUGGAAAUCAAAUGGCAGAGUCUUGUGUUGAUAGGUAUCGCUGUGGCACGUAUUACCCAGGUUGGCUCAAUGGAAGUCACCCCACAGUAAACGAGGGGGCUGUUCAAAGAAGAGUGUGUUUCAGUUAUUACGGAUACGGCGGUGACUGUUGUUCUUUGUCGACUUACAUCAGAGUCCGUAACUGUGGUGGCUUCUUCGUUUACCAACUAAAGCCGUUAACUGCAUGUUACUCACGUUACUGUGGCAACGGAUAUGUGUCAUCGACACCAACGACAUCAGGUACACUUUUUCCUUCUUUCUGUUUUUUCUUGUUUUAA